AUGAAUCUAUACCUGCACGGUAUCGGUGGGACAGAGAGCCCAACUACAACCGAUGAUAGCCUCAGAGGUGCUACGAAGGAUCGCUACGACAUAGUGCUUACGAAUCCACCGUUCGGGAACAGGAGCAGUAUUACAAUAGCGACCGACGGAAGUAAACAGAACAAUACCGCCUCCACUUAUGAGCGUGAGGAUUUCUGGGCGACGACCUCCAAUAAACAGUUCAACUUCCUCCAACACAUCAAGACGAUUCUGAAAACAGAUGGACGCGGCGCUGUCGUCCUUCCAGAUAAUGUUCUCUUCGAACGCGGAGCAGGGGAAACAAUUCGUCGGCAGCUGCUCAAGCAAUUUGAUGUACAUACCCUCUUGCGACUGCCUACCGGCAUCUUUUAUGCCCAAGGAGUCAAAGCGAAUGUACUCUUUUUUGAUAAGCGACCUGCGCGUGAAGAACCGUGGACCAGGAAACUCUGGAUCUACGAUCUACGGACAAAUAAACGCUUUACACUCAAGACGAAUCCCUUAAGCGAUUCCGACCUGCAAGACUUUAUCAACGUCUACAAUCCAGAAAAUCGCGAGGCAAGGGUUGAAACUGAGCGAUUUCGCGUCUUCAAUUACGAUCAACUUAUCGAACGAGAGCACGUCAAUCUCGACAUCUUCUGGCUGAAAGAGGAUUCGCUGGAGGAUGCAGCGGAUCUUCCGACUCCAGACGUAUUAGUAGCGGAAAUCACCGAGAAUUUAGAGGCUGCAUUAGCGCAGUUUCAAUCCAUCCAAGCUGAAUUAGACAAUAACGAGUAA